AUGGGUUGCACGCAAUCAGUCGAGGACGCCGAUGCCAAGGCUCUCGCAGGCAAUGCCGAGAUUGAGGAACAGCUGAAACGCGAUAGGCAGGAGAUGCAGCGGGAGGUCAAGAUGCUGCUCCUCGGAAAGUCGACCGUUCUGAAGCAGAUGCGCUUGAUCUACAACAAGCCGUAUGACCCGGAAGAGCGGGAAAGCUACCGGGAGAUUGUGUACUCGAACACGGUGCAGUCGAUGCGAGUGCUGCUCGAGGGAGUGGCGCACUUCGACCUGCAGAUCAACGGCGCGAACAAGGCGCGAUGGGAGGCGAUCAUGAACGCGCCGGAUCUCGUGGAGGGACGGGUAAUGCCGCCGGCUCUCGCCGACGCCGUCAUGGGACUGUGGCAGGACCAGGGCGUGCGAUCAGCGUACGCGCGGCGGAACGAGCUGCAGCUGAACGACUCGGCAGAGUACUACUUUGAGGCGGUCGACCGCAUCUCGCAGGCAAACUACACGCCGACGGACCAGGACAUUCUGCGCGCGCGUGUCAAGACGACGGGUAUUACGGAGACACACUUCCACAUUGGCGAGCUGCACUACCGAAUCUUUGACGUGGGCGGCCAGCGUUCGGAGCGACGAAAGUGGCUCGGCAUCUUCGAGUCGGUGACUGCGCUCGUGUUCCUGAUCGCGAUGAACGAAUACGACCAGGUGCUGUACGAGGACGAAACGGUGAACCGCAUGCACGAGGCGAUGACGUUGUUCGAGUCGGUCGUCAACAGCCGGUGGUUCCUCAAGACGUCUGUCAUCCUCUUCCUGAACAAGAUGGACCUGUUCAAGGAGAAGCUGCCCAAGUCGCCCCUCAACGUGCUGUUCCCCGAGUACAAGGGCGGGAGCGACGUCAAGGCCGCGUCCCAGUUCCUCAUGGAGACUUUCACCGCUCUCGCAAAGGACAAGACGGUCUACCCCCACUUCACGGAUGCGACCGAUACCAAGGGCCUCGCCUUCGUUAUUUCCGCCUGCCACGAUGUCCUCAUCCAGGCCAACUUGCGCAACGCCGGUCUCCUCUAA